UUUCAGGCUAUUGCCCUCAGACCCCGCCAUGCCUUCCAGGGUCAAGAAAGGCAUGUGAGCAGGCAGCUUGAGCUCCCUGUCACGUGUAGACAGUGAGAAUAAUGUGCCUUCCCCAAAGGCAGUUAUGAAGAUCAGAGGGGAUAAUUUAUGAAAAGUGCAAGCUCUCUUGAGAGUAGGGGAUUUUGUUUUGUUCACCUUACAAGGCAGGUGUUGAGUCAAUAGGCUGCAGUCAGUGAAGGAAUGAAUGCAGUGGCAUGCGCAGCGUGGUGGUCUAAGUGGUAGUUUUGGUCCAUCCCUAGGGGAGCACAAGUCUUGGGCAGAGGAUCAAAAGCACACACCUCUGAGAAGCCAAGUGUUUUUGUCUGUAACCUUUGAUCAUUCAAAAGGAAGCAUUUUCUAACCUCUGCAUUUUUUUACCCAAACUGUACAAAGGCUUCCUUGCUGUCCAAGUUGUGGUAUACUCCAGUGCAGCUGCCUGGCUUCCAAGAGAAACUUAGCACUUCUUGUUCUGUUUGUAGCCUCAAAUCAACAUGUAACCAAAAGCUGUGAAUGAAUAAUCCAAACUUGAAGGACCCAAGAUUUUAUUCAGGAGGAGUAACUGGAAGCCAUAACCAUGAACUUCCAUAUCUGUCAUAGGAAAGAGGUUGGCCUCAGCAACAAUGAGGGAUAAUUCUUUCAAGAAAGGAAUGAAGAGAGAAGUUAGAUGGAAAAGAGAUUUUUAAGGUCAAAAGAAGCAGCUGAAGAACAUGUGUAGGACAGCCUUAGGAGUUACUACACUUCAAGACCUGGGUGUCUGCUGGAGGAAGGAACAUGACCCUGCGGAGAUGUUAAGGGUUGGGAGAGCUGAGCUUGGAGGCUGGAAGCCCAGCUGGGAGGCUAUUGUUAAAGAGGUUGCUGCAGCAACUGGUCACACAGUAGUGUUGGUAGACCAGACAGAGGACAUCCUGGCAAAAUCCAAAAAGGGAAUUGAGGAAAGCCUUAGGAAAGUGGCAAAGAAGAAGUUUGCAGAAAACCCUAAGGCCGGCGAUGAAUUUGUGGAGAAGACCCUGAGCACCAUAGUGACCAGCACGGAUGCAGCCUCCGUUGUCCACAGCACAGACUUGGUGGUGGAAGCCAUCGUGGAGAAUCUGAAGGUGAAAAACGAGCUCUUCAAAAGGCUGGACAAGUUUGCUGCUGAACAUACAAUCUUUGCCAGCAACACUUCCUCCUUGCAGAUUACAAGCAUAGCCAAUGCCACCACCAGACAAGACCGAUUCGCUGGCCUCCAUUUCUUCAACCCAGUGCCGGUCAUGAAACUUGUGGAGGUCAUUAAAACACCAAUGACCAGCCAGAAGACAUUUGAAUCUUUGGUAGACUUUAGCAAAGCCCUAGGAAAGCAUCCUGUUUCUUGCAAGGACACUCCUGGGUUUAUUGUGAACCGCCUCCUGGUUCCAUACCUCAUGGAAGCAAUCAGGCUGUAUGAACGAGGUGACGCAUCCAAAGAAGACAUUGACACUGCUAUGAAAUUAGGAGCCGGUUACCCCAUGGGCCCAUUUGAGCUUCUAGAUUAUGUCGGACUGGAUACUACGAAGUUCAUCGUGGAUGGGUGGCAUGAAAUGGAUGCAGAGAACCCAUUACAUCAGCCCAGCCCAUCCUUAAAUAAGCUGGUAGCAGAGAACAAGUUCGGCAAGAAGACUGGAGAAGGAUUUUACAAAUACAAGUGAUGUGCAGCUUCUCCGGCUCUGAGAAGAACACCUGAGAGCGCUUUCCAGCCAGUGCCCCGAGUGCCUGUGGGAAUGCUCUUUGGUCAGACAUUCCCUCACACAGCACAGUUUAAUAAAUGUGCAUUUUGAUUGUAAUCUAUCGAAGUGAUUAUUACACCAGUUACAGCAGUAAUAGAUUCUCCAUUAAGAAAUAAUUCCCUUUUUUAGUCUGUUCAUUUCUGUGUAUUUUCUAAACAGCUUUACACCCUUGGUGCCUUGGAGCAAACAUGUUUUUUGAACCUUGUCAUUUUUGUGAAGAAUUGCCUGGAUUCCUUCUCUCAUCAACGGGAAAGUACUUCCUCUGAGAGUGCGAGUGCACCAUGCUCACUGUUGCUGCGUGGGAGAGUCACAAGCCACUGGCAAGCAAGUGGUAUAGUCUGUGAAGCACUGCAGCGAGCAGCACCUGGAUCUUGCCUUUAUGAGAACAUUUUACUACCUGCAGCUUUGAGUCUUGCCCUACAUUUUGGGCAUGACAUAAGAUGUGUCUUUAUUCAGCUCGUCGUGAAGAUGCUGCUGCAGAAUGGGUCAGCAUAUCUCUGUUUGCAUGGUUUGCAGGAGGUCGGUUUUCAUGGUCAUUCAGUUCCACAGAUCUGAAUGAUUACUGUCUGUCUGUGUCUUUUUUCCAUGAGAAAUCACUGUUGCAAAUUGCCUAUAAAUUGACUCUACUAAACUAACAAUGUUUCAGUCUGAAAAUUUGAAUUGAAAAAAAUGUAUAAUAUAAAAUUGUAAUACACUCAAAUGAUUAUAAAAGUAAAAGUUGGUAAUUUAGGCAGAA